GUGACCAACUAAGUGCCAACGAAAGUUAAACUAGAGGAGAUUUCCUCUAAUUUGUGAUUUGUUUUAAUUAAUUUAAAAGAUGUUGCUGGAACUAUGAAUAGCUUCAAUGUGGAUAUAGUAGUUAAAUAUGUGAAAAAUAUAGCCGAUAACAGUCAAUGUGUCAGUUGUGGUCAGCAUAAAGGUCUACGCGUGAGAUAUCCCUGCGGGCAUUCAGUUUGUGAUAACUGUGUGUUAACAGCCGAAAACUGUGUACUCUGCCUUUCACCCCAAGAUGUACUUACACACGUCAAUGAUGGCCCGCUAAGCCUUCGUGUAGAGAAUGCUUCAAAUCUGUUACAUACUUUCCAAGAACUGUAUAAAUUAGAUGUUUACAGGAGGCUCAGAGUGUCAGAGCAGUUACAACUAGAAAAGCAAUUGUUUCCAGAGUGCAUUCAAGCCCCAUCUAAGUAUUUUAACAGCAAAAGAAGCUCCAAUAUAUCCAUAAUUAACAAAGAAAACAUAUUACCCUCAGUUUUACCUGGUGAAAAUAUUUCAAAACCUAACAUGGAAAACAAAAUGAAUUAUGUUCAACAGUGGUUGAAAAAAAAUGAAACAAGUCUAAGUGAGGCUAAUAACUGUAAUCUAUCUCGUAAACCAUUCACUGAUAUAAGUGUGAAUGGCCAAAAUGCUCUUAAAUCUAAGACACCUAACAAGGUUUAUAAAAAUAAACAAGUCUUUAGUAGAAACAAAAAUAUUUUAAAAAACUCUGAUCUUAAAGAUAAGUCAAAGUUAUCUUUAAAAAGAAUAAGGAAAGACAUUGAAAUGAAUGAGUAUAAAGAAGCUGUAAAUUGCAAUCAGAUGAAAUGUGAAAAAAAUGAGAGUGGGAUUGUAAUUGAUGAUGAAGUUUUAAUUAUUGAUGAUACUCAAAGUUUGGAUAAAGAUAAAAAAGCUUGGUUAGCAGUUAUAGAGGCUGAAAAAAAUUGUACCUGUGAGGAUAUCAGUGUCACUAAGUUUUCUAAGAGUGCCAGUGAGAUUGUUAUAAAUAAAUUUAACACAGACAAACAAAUACAAUCAGGGAGUGAUUGUAAAAUUCCAUUCUACAGAAAAAGUUCACUUCUUAAAUUGAAAUAUAAUAAACAUUUUGAUAAAAAUGAAAACAAAACCUCAAAAAAGUCAAGUGAAAACAACAAUUUUACAAUAACAAUCGAUAAUGAUAGUUUUGUUACUACUAUUAAAGUCUACGAGGAAGAGGGUCGUUCAAAAGAUAUAACUAAAUAUUCUAUUGGAGUACAGACUGAGGAUCAAAAUAAUUUUGAAUCUAAUUCUGGUAAUUUUGCUGAACAUGUUAAGUGUUUCAUUGAAAAUGAUGAUUUAAAAGAAAACCACCAUAAUAACAUAUUAACUUUAAGUAAAAAUGUUGAUGCAAAAAGUGAUCACCUGUACAAAAAAGUUGCACUGAUGGAAACUAAUCCAAAACAUACAAAGCAGUUAUCAAAGGAAACCAAAUGUUUAAUAAUUGAUGAUUCAGAUUCAGACUGUGAUAUUUUGCUUACUGGAAAGGACAGUUUGCUUGAGGUCACUGCUGAAGUGCACAGAUCUGAAACUGAAAAUUAUUGCAGUGUUCUCUCUCAACUAGAGCCAGGGGAAUAUGAGCAUAGAAUGAAGAAAGCAGUUAGAGGACAUACUCCAGCUAGCACUGACUCUUCAGACAAAGAAAACUAUGAUCCAAACAGAGUGAAGCGUCGGAAAUUAGACAAAAAGAGUUUUAAAAAAUAAUGAUGUUUUCAUAUUUCUAUAUAAUGUAAAAGAUGGCAAGCGUGAAGUGAUUUUUACUAUAUUUAUUUUGUUUCUUUUUAAUUACUUUUAUUUUAUAUUGAAAUAAAGA